UAGGGCGAUGCUGUUUUAUUGCGGUGCUGUGCGCGCGCGCAUCACUCGCAAGGCGCCCACCACCACGGCUGGACCACAGGCUGUUACCGUAUAUUAUAAUAAAAAUAACAAUUAUGUAUAAACUUUUAGUCGUGUGUGCAAUAUACAUUGUGAUUACUGAGGCGCGGCCGCGUUGGCAAUACCUGCCAGCUGUACCGGGCUUCGUUCCUGUAUAUAUUCAGAAUGGGGACACACCACUUGAAGAAAUCAACCCUGAACUAGCAGAGGCCUUCCACGCCCUUCCUGCGGGACGCAGCGCCCAUCGCACCGUCGAAGCUGCCACAGACGACGCAGACAUUCCAACUGUUAUCGACUCCCGCCCUUACGAGAAGAAACUGUAUGAGAAAAAGAAAAAGGCGUCUUUCGAUAUUCCUAAAUCGGUCGAACAAUGAUUUUAAUUUUGUACUUAAGUUUUAUAGGAUAGUUCGCAUGGCGAAACGCUUAGCUUGCCAUUUUUUAUUUAAUAUGAUUCAAGAAUAAACAUUAUUUAUUUUUA